UCAGUUUAGAAGGACAAAUGUAUGAGAGACAGAAACAAAAUAACGUACAAUUACAGUUGAAUAUAUAUUCAAUAUUUUUGAAAAUGAAAAUGAUUUGUUUACUAAGUUUUGUGAUAUUUACUAUUUUGACAUUUAAUGUGAAUGGACAAGUUUCAAAUUCCAGUGCUAAUUAUAACAGACAAUACCAAAAUUAUGAAUUCCCAAGAAAUAGUGAUGGAAGAAAUCCUCCCAAUCUCCAGUGGACUAAUAACAACAUGCAAAGAAGAAAUGAUACACAUCUUCCACAAAGUACGCGUACAAACUACACAGACGUCUACUUAUCUGAGGCACACCAACCAGAUACACGAAAAAAUGCUCCAAUGCCGAUGUACCAAGGCAGGGGAGCAUGGAAUUCUCAAAAUGGUCAACAAGGUCAGCAAGGAGGCAGACCAGUCCAAAACAAUUACCAACCAAACAAAUGGAAUUCUCAGCAAGGUCAACCAGUACAAGGGAACCAAAACAAUGGUAGACAGCAGCAACAAUUUGAUCCAAACUCUGGUACCUGGAGUCGUCAAAGUCAACCUGACAUGGCUCCAACACUAAAUCAAUAUGUGGACCAGUCUGGAAGGAAUCCUAAUCAACAGCAAGAACAUGGAGGACCAGCUAGUAGGUCCCAACACUACUUUCCUAACCAGUUUAACCAGCAACAAAUGCUUCCUACUCAUUUUAAUAAUGGUGGAAUGGGAAUGGGUCCUGGGAUGGUUCCAGGAGGAAAUCCAAUGGAUUCAAGAAUGAUGGGGAUGGUUCCAGGGGGAAAUCCCAUGGGAAUGCCAAUGAUGGAUCCUGACCUUCCUGAUGGUUUGGAUGACCUUUGGGAAAUGCAACAAAAACAAAGGGCAAUGAAACACAUGAUGGCAGCUAAUCCAGGACUUGCACAGCAAAUGGCAGGUCAUCCAGGGAUGGCAGGGCAAAUGAAAGGACUAAUGACAAAUCCCAAUGGAAUGCAGGGUUCACCAUACAAUGGACCACUUCAAAGGAAAGAUACAGGUGGCCCAGGCAGUGUAAAAAUAUGGACAAACCCAAACUCUACAGAUAACUUCAAUGGUCCAAACAGGGGUCCAAACAGAGGGCCUUAUCAGCAAGGAAAUGGUCCUUUACGUAGCAACUUUGAAGAAAAUUCUGUGAAGAAAGACAAAAUAAUGCCAUUACGACCUUCAAGUUUUGGUGACGUUUCAAACAAACUUAUCACAAAUCACAUGACAAACGAGCAAAAGGAAGAUUUAAUCGGAUUAACAACUGAAAAGCCAUUACCAAAUGUCAAUCAGAAUGUUCAACCUCAUCCAUAUCUCCAAUCUGUACAUGGAGCUCAAACAAAAACAACACAUGUAGAAACUGGAAAUUUAAGAAACAGGUGGUAUCGAAAAAGAGGCAGAGAAAACAGAAUAACUGAUCCUACAACUCAGUUGCCUCGUCCUGUCUCACCCACAGAAGAUCCCUCAGCAGUGUGGAAUGUCAAACAUUUACCUCCAACUUAUAACUAUGGGGAAGAUAUACAUCAAAGAUACAGAUCAAAUGACCUUAAUCAACAACAACAGCAACAAACACAAUAUGAACAAAGACCAAACAAUCACAACGUACCACAAACUUACCAAGAUACAGACAAUGAACAACAUCAAAGCAAUGUUAAUUAUAAUAUGCAACAGAAUGGUCAAAAUUAUUAUCAACAAAAUGUACCCAAAGAUAAUACACAAAGACAAACUAAUUCUAAAGUGGCGACUGCAUGGGAUCCAAGACAACUUCCACAAAUGUCUGAAAUACAAGACAGUGUUAAUCAGCAACAUAGAUAUCAACCAACAGAGUCAAAACACAUGCCUCAGUAUCAAUACGGUAACACUCAAUACAAUCCUAGACAACAACAAGAGAUGGAUGAUUAUCAAAAGUUUCUAAAUCAACAAAGAGGUCAACAAAUGGGACAAGCUGAAGAUAAAAGAAAUACUUAUUCGACAGGCAACGACAACCAAAUGAAUCAAAGAUACCCAAAUAAUUGGCAAAGUCCUUCUAGAUCUGAAUUUGAAGAGAAUGAAGGACAAAAUAUUCAGAAAGAAAGAAUCCCUAGUAGACCAAAUAGUGAAACUCAAUCCAACUCACAUAAUAUCAUCAGCCAAUUAGAUUUAAGCAAGUACAAGUCAUCUGAUCAAACCCAACCAAUCAAACCAUCACAACAAACCCAAUCAAUUGAAAUAUCACAUCAAACCAAAUGGACUGGUAAUAACCAGGUUGAACAUGAAAGAGAAAGGGAACAAGAAACAGAAAGGGAGAAUGAAAACAGUGCUUUGAGAAACUCCCCAACAUACAGAUCGACCUCAAGAAAUGGUCCCAUAGAUAGAGCAAAGCUGCGACAAGUUGUUCGAGAAAGAAUGAGACAGAAUGGUGCAUUGCCAUGGAGUCCUGUUAGAGAGGGUGGGAACAGGUAUAAAAGUCGUCAAGGUCAAAUUUAUCCAACUGAACAAGCAUACGUAGAAGCAACACUUGUCCACAACAUAAGUAAAAUAUCAGGUGAUAAAGGGGAGAUAACUUUUACUGCAGAAGCUUCUGACCCAAGACUGCUGCAUAUUUCUCCAAACAUUCCAAGCAGUCAAGAACAAUUAACAGGUACUCAAGACAGAAGAACAAUACAACCUCCCAUUACUGGAAGAGGAGUUUGGCAUAAUAAAACAAGAGUUCCACCAAUCACUGGUAGGGAGGUGUGGCUAGACCCAUCCAAUCAAAAAGAGAUUGCUGCCUCUGAACUUUCUCCAGCCAUGAUAAGUGAUAUAGUUGACAAUUUUCUAUUAGGAGGUGGAGAUGAAAUUGAGACUCCUUUCGGGAAAAUUGAGCGUGAGGAAAGUGGAGGGUAUGAGAUUGAAGGACCUUUAUUUAGAAUGAUCCUAAGGGAAAUAUAUGACAGCGUCCAUAAUGAAAAUGAAAAAACUUCAUCACCUAAAGAGCUGGAACAUCAAAGGAAACUGAGAGGUUUUGAUUUGUCAGGAAAAAGGACAAGUUUACCCAAUACUCAAAGGACUGUUCUGACUGGAAAGUCAUCAAAUGGCAUCAAUGAACAACACAGAUCUAUAUGGGAUAAUUUACCAAUAGCUGAUAAGCCAAGUACUAAGGCACCAUCUGCUGAUCCUAAGGCACAAUCACAAAACAUUGGUAAUAAUGGACAACAACUAAGGGUACCAGAUAUUUCAAGUAACACUGGACGUCCUUGGGGACCAGUGGCUUCAAAGGCUCAAAAUAUUCCUGCACCUCCCUGGGUACCAGUAGAUCCUAGGGCUGCUAAUAACAAAGUAAUUGAAACAACUUCUAAACCAGUUCAAGAAACAAAACAGACAGUGGAAAAGGUGGUAUCUAUCACAACCAUAGCAACACCAACCACAACUUCUGCAACCGUAGCAACUCCAAAAACUUUAGAAAUGUCGUACAGCAGUACAACUCAGCAGGUUGUUAAAGUACCCCUACCAAGGGUACCCACUACAACAUGGACUCAACUACUACAUGACGAACCCGUAAGUCUCAGUAAAAAGCCACCGGUAUCUGCUAGAAUGAUCUGGGUUCCAGAAGAACAGGGAACUGUGGGUAAUAACACGUAUAAAGAGAAAGUCAUUGAAAAGGUCAUAAAAAAAGAACCUCCCUCAGACUCUGCCUUUGGAGUAAUGAUUGUUAUUAUAGUCACCAUGGCAAUUCUGGUUGCCCCGGUUUUCUGUGUCGUUUGGAGAAUUCGUAAACAUCUGAAUGAAAAGAAGUUAAAGAAAAUACUUGAUGACAGCGAUAUCAAAUCUGUAACAGAGACGAUGGUAACACAUGACUUUGGUAAAUGUGAGGAUUUUGAGAAGGAGCAAGGGGCUCGAAGGAAAACGUACAACCGUGAUUACAACUUAAGUGACAAGACUUAUCAUGAAUUACAACCGUUAAAAUCAGCCAGUGGAUGGACAUCACCUAAUGUCAUUGUCCACCAAGUCAAUGAAAUCUAUUAACACUUGGCAAUUAACUGUUUUUCAUGUUAAGAACAGGUGGAUUGAAGUUGCAAUACCAGGCCCAGUGGAUGUCUCCAAAUGUAAAAGUUCACUUGGUCAAUGAAAUCUAUUAGAAGUUUUAUA